GCUGAUUGCAUGCACGUUUGGCGCCUAACAUUUUCAACCCACUUGGCACCCCAGGGCAUAAGGGAGGCGUGCCUCUAGCGGCAACUAGAGCGAUCCCAGUUCUAAACAAAAACAACGAAACCAACUCUCAAGAUCACAGUGUCAGCAUGCUGAAAAAGGGAGGGAUGUUGAGGGCGGUGAUCAUGGGCUCGCCUGGAUCCGGCAAAGGAACUAUUUCUUCUAGGAUAAACAAGCACUUUGACAUCCUAACCUUGUCUAGUGGAGACCUUCUUCGAUUCAAUGCUGUGCAGCAAACUCCCAUUGGAAUAAAGGCCACCAAAUACAUGGAAGAAGGCCAACUGGUGCCGGAUAACAUCAUCACCGAGCUCGUCCUUGAGAGCCUGGAGACGCACGGACAGGGCAAACAUUGGCUGCUCGAUGGCUUUCCCCGCACCCAUGCCCAGGCAGAGGCGCUGCACAAGGCCAGCCCAGUCAACCUGGCCAUCAACCUAAUUGUGCCUUCAGACGUCAUUGUUGCGCGCAUUGCGGGCAGAUGGACCCACAUUUCCAGCGGCCGCAUCUACAACACCGAAUUCAAUCCUCCAAAAAUAUCUGGCAGAGAUGAUAUCACUGGAGAGCCGCUGAGUCAGCGCGUAGACGACCAGCCAGAAAACGUGCGGCGUCGUCUCGACGUUUACAUGAGGUCGAUGCAGCCUGUUAUCGACUUCUACCGCGAAUCCGGCAUACUCACCGAAUUUAAGGGCACUGAGAGCAACAAAAUUUGGCCGGAAGUGUUCAAUUUCCUCUCUGAGCAUGUGCAGCCAGAUGUGCCUCUGCCCUGAGUAAUCUGACUGAUGUCAUAUUGUGAUCGUAGUCAAGUACUUAGGUUCGUUAUUGAUUGAUGUUAUAUUUUUUCUGCAGAGUAACAUAAUCGUAUAUUUGCUGCCUCGUUCAUAAUGAUAAUAGUAUUGUAGUGCUUUGUGACGAAUGAGUCAUAUUAUCAGCUCAAAAUAUUGUACUUAUUGUACGAUUUUAGAACCGUUUUACACAUUUUUAUUUUCCUGGUUUGGAGUCUGGUAUAUUACUUCCAUGUUGGUAAUAUUUGCACGCAGUUUCAAUCCAAUUCAAUCAGUUAAUUAUGGUACAGUCGAAAGAUUAAAAUAUUUACGUUUUAAUUUUUGCUAAUUUUCCAAAAUCAAGCUACACAUGGAUUUACGUUUCUUUAUUUUUGCAGCCUAAUGAGUAAGAAUGUGCGAAAUGAAUUAUGUUACAGCGGUGCCAUUUGUGUCGGCCCUGCAAUCUGGAGCAAGUUUUGUGAGAAAUCAUAAUUGUGCGUGACAAACGGUCUGCCUUGAACGUUCUUCCAACAUGUUGUCAAUUUUUAUUAUUUGAGACACAUAUGCUAUUGACAGAUUCCAGCCAGGAGUGUGAGCAGGUUCUGAAUGAAACCAAAUAGUCUUGUUAGACGUUCAUAGUCAUUGUAUGUAUUUUGAAAUUGUAUUAGCCAACCUUUAUCACGGGUGCUAUUCCUAAGAUUGAGACUUACAAAUUUUUUGACUGCUCCUUUGUUACCCACACUGCUCUUUUAGAAGAUGGUGCACACUAGAGUCCAAGCAGCAGAAAUUUACAAAAAGCACGCUUUCUGCGUGCUUUGUGGACUGUAUUUUUAUUUCCUGAAAAGUCUGAUUGACUCUAUAGUCAUUGUCAACUUUAUUUUGUAUCCCUCGACACAUUUUAUUUCUGUAGACCAAUAUACGAUUAAAAUUUAA